UGCUCUCAGCUGCUGGUCGUUGCACCGAAACCUGUCAAGAUCAUGGCUCUCCCCUUGAGCUGCAUGGAAGCCCACCUUGGCGCGGACUUGUUGCAAGAGCUCCAGCCCCCGUGCCUGCUCAGCUCCAUCGGAAAGACCAUGCCAUACUCCGGCAAGUUCACCAAGACGGAUGAGAUGGGGUUGGAUCUGUCGUCCAGCGCCAGCACUGCCUCGGAGGUGCAAAAGUUCCCGGCGCUUUGGGAUGAGACGCCCACCUGCAGCCUCAGCAGCUUCACGGAUUCCCCGCGCCGCGCUUGGCGCGACCUCUCCCCCAUGAAGGUGCCGCUGCCCGAUUCUUAUGUGAAGGAGAUGCUUUCCGGCGGGCUGCCCAUGCGCGUGGAGCGCAUGUCCCAGCGCUCCCGCGAGAGCUUUCGGAGCCAAGACAGCGUCGCUUCCGACGCCGCGCGGGUCAGCGGAGACGCCACCCGGGAGGGUUGCUUGCCUGCCCUCGCGGCCUGGGCGGCCCAGGAGGCCCGCGCCGGACGCUUCACCUGCCUCAGCACCACCCCGGAUGCGCGUGAGGUGCCGAGCCUUCCGCCCAGGCCGAGCCCCGCCUUCCCGGCGCCCGCGUGGCCUUGCCCCUUCGAAGCGCCGCCGGCACUGCCGGUGCCGCCGCCCCCGUCGGCGCCUGCCGAGGAGUCCCGGCGCCGAGGCAAGACCGGGGCCUACGCCGCCAAGUUUGUCUUCAGCGGCUUCGACGCGCAACACCACGCGGACUUUGAGCUCGUUCCCCGUCUGAUUGGCCGAAAGGGAUGCAAUUUGCGGCCAAUCUCCCAGGGCUGCCGAGGCAAGAUCCGCGUGACGGGCUGGGACGGCUCGCAGCCCAUGAAGUUCGGCAGCAAGAGCUCCACCAACGACUCGCCGGUGGAGGUGACGCUCACCUGCCACGACCAGCCCAGCCUGGAUGAAGGGAUCCGCCAGCUCCGGGUGCUCUUGGAAGACCUCAGUGUUCAAUUCGAGCGGAAUGACUGGAAGCUUCAUCGCUGGAGUGAAGCUUUCAUGUCCAGCUUUAGCGGCUCCUGCUACUGCUACAAGCGUGGAAUCACCCCUGUGCCGGAUUUGUACCAUCUGACUCUUUGAACCUCGCGGAACGGUUGCUGAAUUAAGUGCCGAUGCCAGCUGAGACCUGCAGCCCGAGCAAUUCCCAGUGACAGUGGAUCGGGA